UCGGAAGAAAAACAAGCUAUUCAGGGCCUCAGGCAUCAAGCUAUGCACACAGAUCUUUCACCUCAUCUACAUUCAAAAGAAUGCAACAAAAUCAUUGAGGAACUUAAACGGUGCCAUUCUGAGAACACGUUCGGCAAGUUUCUUGGUGUCUGCAACGACAUUGAUCAACAAAUGGUCGCCUGCUUGCGAAAUGAGAGGAAAGUUAGACAACAAUUAAACAGGGAAAAAGCGCUUGAAAAACAGCAUCGUGUUCAACAACUCAUGAAAGAACAAGAGUGA